CUCAGAGGACCGUUUUGUUUGCCGAUUUUCCCUUUUUUUUUCCUUUUAUUUUUCCUUUUUUUUUUGUUUUGCAUCUUUCAUCUGCCAGCCCCCGUUGUGCGCUGCCACCGCCCCUUGUUACCAAACAAGGAGCAAGCAUUCGUCCCUCUCGCGCUCCCUCUCUCUCUCUCUCUCACGCUUGAUCUCGCUCCUUCUCUGGAUCUGGAUCUCUCUCUCUUUCGUCUUUCUCCCUCUGGAUCAAUAAAAUGACGACAGAACUGGCUCUUCAACAGAUCACUUGUGAGAUUAUCGGUGUGGAACAUGAUAUCGAGACUCCCCAUGGAGUUCUUCAUGUCACUUUGAGAGGAACACCCAAAGGCAACCGUCCCGUCAUCCUCACCUACCAUGACAUCGGCCUCAACCAUAAGUCAUGCUUCAACACACUGUUUAACUUCGAGGACAUGCAGGAGAUCACGCAGCACUUUGCCGUGGUCCAUGUGGAUGCUCCGGGUCAGCAGGAGAACGCACCACCUUUUCCAAGCGGGUAUCAGUACCCAACAAUGGAUGAGCUGGCUAAGAUGCUGCCAUCAGUGCUGACUCAGCUCAAGAUUAACAGUGUGAUUGGCAUUGGGGUGGGUGCAGGAGCCUAUAUCCUCACCAGACUGGCUCUGAAUCAGUCUACUCUGGUGGAGGGUCUGGUUCUCAUCAAUGUGGAUCCCUGUGCAAAGGGCUGGAUGGACUGGGCUGCCUCAAAGUUAUCUGGGUGGACCAGCAAUCUGGUGGACAUUGUGAUGGGGCAUCAUUUUAGCACAGACGAGCUGACGGAGAACCAAGAGAUCAUUCAGACAUACCGUCUGCACAUCGCUCAGGACAUCAACCAGGACAACCUUGCACUCUUCUGCAACUCCUACAAUGGCCGCCGAGACUUAGAGAUUGAGAGACCCAUCCUAGGGAUUAAUGAGGAAACAGUCAACACCCUGAAGUGUCCCGCACUGCUGGUAGUAGGAGACACGUCCCCAGCUGUGGAAGCAGUGGUUGAGUGCAACUCAAGGCUAAAUCCCACAAAGACAACCCUGCUUAAGAUGGCAGACUGUGGUGGAUUACCUCAAGUUGUUCAACCUGGUAAACUUGCUGAGGCCUUCAAGUACUUUGUCCAGGGAAUGGGUUACAUCCCCCAUGUGCUCCUCAGCCACCUGAGCAGCGAAUCAGUGCCCACUGCAAGCAUGACCCGUCUGGCACGCUCCCGCACCCACUCUGCGUCCAGCGUAAGCUCGGUGGAAGGCGUGCGCAGCCGCACUCACACCAGCUCCCAAGCAGAGGGCGCCGUCGCCGGACACGACAACCAGGCCAGACCACAAACCAUGGAGGUGUCCUGCUAAAGCCUGUCUCUCGCACACUUUUUUUUUUUUUUUUGUCUUUUUUCUUUCUUCAAGGGGGAGUUUCACUUACAGGCUCAAAAUAUUAGCAUCAUUUGCACCUGGAGAUAAAAAACACGCACAGCGAGUCGCCUUUAAAGGUCUGACAGUAUGGAUUCAAGUCUUUCCAGUGCUGAAACAGUGAAAGGAACCAGAACUGAAGAGAAAUCAAGUCAAUUCCCUCUGCAGCCACAAACUCCAUUUAAUGAGCAAGUUCAAAUAUCUUCCUGCUACACUUUACAGUUUAGCAGACAGAUUUGUUGUUUAUUCACUUAUCUAUACAGACACAAAGAAAAAUCAUGCACUGACCGACCACUGGUUCCUGUUGCUACUUCUGGAAAUACUUCUAGAACGAAUCCUUACUCUAGAUUGAAGCAUUUUUGUUCUGCAAAGUGCACUGUUCACCAUGAAAAUGAUGCUGAAAUUUAGAGCAUAAAAGUGAAAUCUCCCUUUAUUUCUAAAACCAGAGAGUUCUGGUGUAAUGAAGGGAUGCAAAGUAUGACUAUUUGUACUCAAGACAUGUUUAAACUAUUGAAAUGCAGUUAUAUUUUACAGUCCGUUCACAGACCUUCUCUUCCUUCACUCCCACGUCUUCGUGUGUUUUUACUCCUCCCUGCCUAGAAGGUCUUAGUCUACAUUUCUCUACAAAAAUGGGAUAAUCUUCAGUCUUUGUCCAGGCACCGUCCACAUGUAUCCAGAUAGAUUUUUUUUUUUUUUUAGGCUUGUUUUAGGCUUCUGUCUACAUGAAAACAGUGUACAAUUAGUGUACAAUAUUUUUUGGACUAUAAGGCGCACUAUCAAAGAAUGUCUAUUUUCUGCUCUAUUUUCAAACAUAAAACGCAUUUUGUGCGACACUAGUAUUAGGAGCAGAGGUGUUGCCAUGUUUUCCUUCUAAAUUUAGCUGUAAAGCUAAGCUAAGUAAACAAAACUAAAAAAAAAAAAAAUUUUAGACGAGUCAAACGAGAGCAGGAGGUAAAUCUACACAGAUUUCUCUCCUGAAAACUGUUUAUUUGGGUGAGUAAAGUGCUACCAUUCAAUUUAUAGUAAGCUUACCAUAGAUUUACAGAUUUCAUCUAAAGCUGGAACAUUAGCAUUAGCGGUUAACUGCUAGCGGUUAGCAGCUAAUUUCACCCAAAAGCCACCCUGAGCUAGCACUGUGGUUAGCGGUCAAUGCUAAUGCUGCUCCAGCAGUGCCACCUGGGGUUAGCAGCAGGUUACAGGCCGAUAGUACUCACCUCUGGAAGACCAAAAAGCUAGCGCUCAGCGCAGUUAGCAGCUAUUACUAAUACUACUGGAGAAUUAAACUGAAACUCUUUUAUAACGGUGAAGUACAAUGAAGUAGCUUUACUGCUCUUUACAACCUGGUAAAAUUCAUACACAAGGUGCACUGAAUUAUAAAAUGCACUAUUUGGACUAUUUUUGGGAAAAUUAAAGAAUUUUAAGUUCGCCUUAUAGUGUGAAAAAUACUUUGAUCUCAACAUAACCAUUAAAUAAUGCAUAUUACUGGCUGAAUCUAAAACACCUUUUUACUUCCUGCAUAGUGAACUAAAUAGGGCAUAAAAGUAUGUCUACAUACAAACAGUAUAAUGAACAAAGGUAAAAAUCCUGCGGUACUAUAAAUAUAUAACUCUUUCCAGAUUAUACAGUACUUCUGUCUUUGUCAUGUUUUAAUAUCUUGUCUCUCUCUGUCUUUGAGGUACUAUCGAGUCACUCGACACACAGGCCUAAGCAUAAUCAUGCAAGCGAGGAAAUUUCAGUUUUUAAAAAUGUUCCAUGUACAUGUGGGCGGGGCUUGUCUUGAUAUAUGUACCCAUUCUGAUGUGAUGGUCUCUUUCUGGCAGAAAUGUAAUUCAGAUGAUGUUUAGAAGACACUUGUUGGGAGUAAGUGGAGAAGAAAAAGGUCUUCCUGUUGCCUCCCCACCCACCUCCUUCACUUCAUACUGUAGAGACGACUUGUGCACAUCUCUCCUCCCUCCUUCUGUAUCUUUUUUUUUCUGUCUGACUCCGGUACAAAUCUGUUCUUUCUUCUUUGUUUUUGGAAGGGGAGGGGUCUUAGGUUUGUUUUUUGUGUGUGUAUUCUUGUUUCUGUUAUCGUUAUUAUUAUUACAACUCCUGUUGAUAUGUUGUGCUUUGUGGAACCAUCUUUCUUUUGGGUUCUCUUGAUUGCAGAAUAGAUGUUAAAAGCCUUGUUUUAUUGUACCUUUAUUACCAGGAACUACUGAGAAGCAUGUCCCUCUCUUCAGUGUAAUUUAUUGGGAGUGUAUAUGCUUUUUGUUUAGAUGUCUCUGCAGGUACUGUAGAUCUCCUGUUUCUCUACGCCCUUCGACCCUGUUCACUCUGUCAGCACGAAAUCCAGCUACUGGGAAACUGAUUUGUCCAUUCUCCUUCUACAAAUGCACUGUUUUGUAGCAACUUGUUGGAAAUCUUGUCAUUUUUUAAUCUAAACAUCUACUGAGAAUGUUGAUAUUGUGGCAGGAACUGAUGCAGAGUCUAGAAAUACAGAAAAACAACAGUUAUUACUUAUUACAUUUGCAGGUUUUUAAAGCAAAGUUAGCUACAAAAUAUUGCAUUUGUGGGUGGAGCCUAGAUGGAUCACUUUGUUCAUAUUGUAACACAGGGACCAGCCAGAAGCAGAACCACAUUUUUUCUAGAAUAAUUUGAGCAGAAUGUGAGAGAAAGAAGCAAUUAGUUAAGUAAAAGAUAGACUUGCACACUAAUUAUCGCUGUAUCUCCAUUCAUGUCUAUUUAGAAAACCCGAUGGAGGCACUUUACGUGUACAGUGGAUAGCUAUUCUAUUCUAUUAAGACUGUAUUGACUAUUAAUCUCUAUCUUCCUCUAUUAGAUUUUGUAGCUUUAUUAUUCCUAUUAUUAUUAUUACUAUUAAUAUGAAUAUUACUGUUCUGAUGUUUCCCUGGGUGGGUGUUCACUGUUGAUAUCUGAUUGUACCGCUGCCUUGAGUGAGCUUGUGGUGAUGAUGCGUCAUGCUUUGUCCCCCAAGCAUAUAGGGGGCACUGUACUACUACCGUCUGCUGAGUAUAUCGAUUUGUACUAAUAUUGAAAUAAAGUUAAAGGUUGUACAUAAA